AGGACCUCAGCUUUACGCGCGCCUCAUGAACAUGAAUAUCCGGACUUCUACCCUGCCUCGCGAUAAACACCUCUUCUCGAUGCCAACCAUAGAGAGAACUGUAUGCUGUAACUAACAAGUAUGGACUGCUCGAAAUGACCACCGUUGCAAACAAAGUUGUAAUCGUUCCAGCAGAUGAUGACGAUGAGUGAAGCAGAAAAUAUUACAACUAGCAAUGCUGUAGCUGUGGCUAACUAAUUAAGCUAGAACAGGCGUCGAAAUUGCUAUCGCACGCAGCUUCAUGGCUGAAAACCAGGAUGCGACUUCGACGUUCAACUACUUUUGAUGUCACCAUGUCCAAUCACGCCAGUGACUCUUACCACACGAUGCGUUUAUCCUGAUAUCUUGUUCUCUAUCUUUGUUUCAAAUCGUUGGCCAAAAAUUUGGAAAACAAGGACCGAAGCAGACCUGCCGUGGAACCUGGGCGCGACUUGCUUGAGCAUUUGUGUAUUCUUGGAUCCACCUCUUCUUCGCACGAUGCAGUCUGGAGGCCAGUUCGUGGUGAGCGGGUGGGCAGUGGUGUUCGCGGUCGGUUGUAUCGUGUUCGUCUGGGGACUGACGGCGUACAACAUGUACAAGCAUUUGUCACACUAUGCCAAACCGCACCUGCAGACGCACAUUCUACGCAUCCUGCUGAUCACCCCGAUUGUGGUAAGGAUAGUUCUCGUUGAUUUUUCGAACAUACAUGCGAAGUAAGCCAGUACAUGCAAGAAAGCCGCAUUCUGGUUCUCUGCAACAUCUGAUGAACUCAAGGAUGACUACCACGAGCAUUACCGCUCGCAUUUUUGGAACGGUAAGCAUGCAUGUGCUCCUGCUCCUUCACCUGCUUCCAUUCUUUUGCUCUUUGAAAAUUUCAUGCCAUCAGUCAUCAAACUGAAAUUACAAUUAGGUCUUCUUCAGCUUCUUGGCGCUUUUGGUGCCCGAAGGGAGAAUAUCCAAGCAACAUAAUUUUGUAGCACAUACUUACAAGUUUUCUCGUUUUGCAUCGUAUACGUGAAUCAUGCAUGUUGACUAUGAUGCCAUGGUCUAUGGUGCCAUACUAGUUCGUUGACAAAGAUAAGGCAAAAGCGGCAGAUGCACCUAUUGAUGCCAUUAUUUGCCACUACGAGAUUAAACACAUAAAUCGACAUUGCACCAGCAACUGUCUCUUGAUUCUUGCACAGGACAACAAGAAAAGCUUGUCAGUAUCCAGUAUUUGCUUCUCUUGGAUACCCUUUUCCCAUCAACGUGAUGCGGGAUUUCUGGGAGGCGGUGGUGAUUUACAGCUUUCUGAUGCUGAUCCUGGAGUACAUGGGUGGGGAGCACAUGUGCCUGACCAGCAUUGCCGAGGAGCACUCUGCGGAUUUUUCCAAGCCGGUGAAAGAAUUUCACUACCCGUGGCCGUUCAGCAUCUGCUUCGGUGCCAUCCCCCCGGAGCAGAUGAUCCGCUUUCCGAAGCGGUGCGCGCUGCAGUUCGUCAUCAUGAAACCAGUCAUGUGCGUGAUCGAGCUGUUUCUAUGGGCGCAGGGGUCGGAGAGAAACAUCUUGGCGAUUUUGUUCACGAACUUUGUCUACAACGUUAGCUACACCCUGGCGCUGUUCGGACUGUAUCAAUAAGAGUUUAUUUUUCUUGCCUCUGACUGUGAUGUUAUUUUCGUUUUGCGGCUCCUGAUAAAGUUAAAGUUGACGCUUUGCUUGUUGUCAAUGCGCCGAAAGAAGAAAACCGGCACCAGAGUGACUUCUAAGCAGUGCCGUGAUAGUAAGUAACUACUAAGCACAAGACCUCUCAACUUGGGUGGCGGGCGCUAGCAUCUUUCUACCUUUUUUCACCCACACCACUUCAGGUACCUCAUGUACACGGCGUGCAAGAACCACGUGGCCAUGCAGGACAAAAAGUGCAUCCUCAAGUUCGCCGCCGUGAAAAUGGUGGUCUUUCUGACGUUUUGGCAGGGCUACAUGUUUCCGCUGUUCAUCUCGAAAAACCAGGAGGCGUGGCAGGAUUUCAUUCUCAUCGUCGAGUGCGCGUUUUUCACUGCGUGCAUGACCUACCAACUGUGACACAUGAUCACGCCCCCCCAUUGUCCUCGUUUCUGUUUCACAUCUUCAGUAAUUGUAAUUGCAGGCAUACACACAGUCAAAUGAUUAUACAAAGCUCAGCUUUUGCAUGGAUAGGGAGAGCGCAGAGAGACCACACUGCCACGGUAUGCUGUUUGAGCUCGUUCAAACCGUGUUGCAACACCGUAUCAAGGAUUAGAGAAGUUUACAACUUCCUGCCACACGGUGUGCAACUACUUUUUUCAGUCAUGAUCAGAAAAUGUGUUUGCCAAGAAGGAACUCGGAUCGGAAAUGAGUUUCCGGGCAGGGGAGAUUGUGUCACAUGAUAUGAUUUUGGCGUUUAAUUGGAAAGAGUUUCAAGACGUAACCCAACCAGUGAAGGAGUACAACUCGCCGAAGGAACUGCAUGCACACACAGGCGCAGCGCAGCUGCACCCACAAAAUUUCUUGCAAGCGGAUCCGCAGUACCAAACUGGAACAAUGCACCCAAACGUCGGCUCCGUUGAGCCGGGAUUUGCGUUGAGCAAUGGCUCCGCAGUGGCUAGUACACAGGAAGGAGUUGCACAGAAACCUGGCACCGGCAAGAGUUUUAACACCGGCGUUGGCGACGCCAGCCGUGUCGUCGGCAUCCCGGUCAGGAACCAACUCGCAACCAACCACGCAAUCAGCCACGGGCUUCAAAUAGGCACUACGGCCGCCACGGCGUCCACCAGCAGGCCGGUGCAUCCUGUGGAAAAACAGAAGUCUUUACUGAACGCGUUUGGCGGAACAAAGGAGGGCACAACGGGUGGUCGUGGACUCCAGCAGACCACACAGCUGAGCAGUGUCGUGUCGCCGAGUAAGAUCGGAAAUCUGGUGCAGCUAGACACGUAUGAAAUGGACCAAGUCGGAGAAAUCGACCAGGACGGCACAGGGUCCUCGUCGAGUUCCUCAUCUGGAAACAACUACGACGAGAUUUCCAUCGGCGGGACAACUUCGACGUCUCUGGCAUCGUCGCUUUCGUCUGUUGCAGCGGGCGGUGGAACAAAGCAGUUAACCGCAGCUGGUGCUGUCGUAGAUCAAAAAGCGCCGCAAGGUCUUCUUGCAGUAUCAGGCUCAUCUGCCACAACAACUCAAAAUAUUCCAAAGCUGAGUCCGCAGGGUGCAGCAGUGAAGGAGCCGCCAGACGGGUCCACCCGAUCCUCCCCGAGUCACACCGCGACCACCGUUCCACCGUCCAUAGCGUCAGAAGACAUCGGGACAGACCAGGUAGUUUCCGUCGAACUACAGCCACCGAGUGCUAUUAACGGGGCUGGCACUGGCACUGCUGCGAAGAAAAAGAAGAAGAGGCACGAGGACAAGGAGAAGGACGACCAAAAUAACCCGUCCUGGCUUGCGAACGCGCGUUCGGCUUUUCACCCGCGGGACGUGAUCAGCGAUGCCAAGCGGUCGUUUUCCUUGCGGUACAAUCAGCAUGUGCUGAUGGAAAUGGACGCGCAGGAACAUGCCUACGAUGAAGUGCGAAGAAAGCACGAGAAGAAAACGCAAAAAAAUCUUACGACAACGGCGGAGGAAGGUCCUCCGGGUGAAGGAGCAGAAGGGCCGCAGGACUCUGCUGCAAUCGCUGAUCAAAAUUUCGCUUCGUUCGACGACCACUUUUUCAAUGCCGAGCAAACAACGCCGAGUGUGGCGGAUGAGCAAUUCAACAUCGCGCCGGAGAAAAGCGGAUUCACACCAACAACGGAGCAUGCACUGGUCUCGCCCGAAGGACAGGUGAAUACUGCGGACGCCUCUGCUCUUGCCGCGUUUGAGGCAACGGCAACGCAGCCAGGCCUAAGUGAUGUCGGGCUUGCUGUUGCAAUUGCUCCUCCAGUAGACAACGACAUGUCUUCUACUGGUACUGCACCAAAAGAAGGAACAUCCGUCGGCAAGAUGCCAGGGUCGGUUGGAGUAGAUCAACAGCCGAAAGACGAUCACGAUCAGGACGUCACCACGCUGGAUGUAGUUGCUUCAGGGUCAUCUUCACAACAUGGUCCUCCCGUCUCAAGUGCAGAGUCUGUACUGCCUGAGGACGUAAGGACAGGAAGACAAGGAAGUUCGGAUGGUAUCUGACGCGAUGAACAUGCAGCAUAGAGAGGAUCGCAUAAACUACACAGGAGUCGGGGGUAUGGGCAAUAGGUGGUUCGUUGAACUGCAUACUCUGGAAGUUCACGAAACAUGAAUAUCCGAUGACUUCCCGUAGAAGAGUCAAUGGAGCGAAAAAAAGUCAUGAAAGCCGAGUCUCUCCUUUUGCUAGACAUGGACCGUCGCUUUCCUGUAAGUGCAAGUAAGUAGUUUGUGUUCGGUCGGUUGUCGUGCAGAUGUUGGUUAUCCUCGUCUACUUCGCCGUCGCGUAUGAAAUUGAUCUUGUGUCACUGCAUGACGAUCUCGAUCCCAAAUCUCGCUGCUGCCUGCUUGCGCGUGAGAAAACGAG